UCUAUUCAUUCUCUGGACUAAACCGAAAUUGUUUCUCUCAAAAAUAGAACAUAAAAAAAAACGAGAUAACACAGCCAGAAAAAAAAAGGCGAAGAAAUGGAAGAUAUUCAAACGGAGCAACGGAAAUCAAUUGCAGCUCCAGUGAUUUUCAUCCUUGUAUUUGCUUUCCACUUCAUAUCUAAGUACAUCGAAUCCCAAAAAAACAAGAAAGGAUCAGGCGAAAACUUGGAUGCUAAAUUGCGACGAGAAAUCAAGCAGCUAUUGAAGGAGGCCAGUACUUUGUCGCAGCCUUCAACAUUUGCUCAAGCUGCAAAACUAAGAAGAACGGCAGCUGCAAAGGAGAAGGAACUUGCAAAAUAUCUAGAGAUGCAAGAGAAGGAUAUGAAGUUGUCAGUUACUUCAUACGGAAAACACUUGAUGAUAUCAAAGGUAUUUACGUAUUUUGUGCUGAUUUUAUGGUUCUGGAAGAUACCCGUAGCCACAAUAUCUGAUCAACUCGUGCACCCUUUUGGAAGGUUGCUUUCUUGGAGAGCAGGAAAUUCUUUGAAGGACAGUGUUGUGAUUGGAGUCAUACCAUGGUUGAUAGUAUCCACCAGAGUGAGCAAAUUUAUUUGCAGAAAGGUAUUCGAGUAAGACUUUUAUUUCUAGGAGAAAGGAAGAUCAAAAACAAAUGGAAACUACUUAGAUUAGCCUGCCAUUUUACUUUCCUAUUAUAACAAGUGGUCAGUUCAAAUUAUGCCCCAGUUUUGGUGCAUUUAUUCUUAGCGUAGCACUGUAGCUUAGCCAUCGGAAAUUUUAUUUGCCUUGUACUUUUCCAAAUAGGAUCAAAACUGUUAAAUCAUUGAAUGUAUUAUUACACCAGCCAUACUUUUUGUGUCUAUACAAAACCAGUUGCAAUA